AUGCCCGCAGGAACCGAGUCGGGUGUUUCUUUGGGUUCGCGCAUAUUAAGUUUCUUGAACAUUGCAGCACCACUUGACAUCGCCUGGGUGUGGCAUGUGCACAUGCUGUCCCCUAUCAGUUACCAGAGGGACUGUAAGGAAAUUGUCGCCACUUUGGUGGAUCAUAAAUUACUAGCUGGUGAGCAACGUGACAAAGGACUUUUAAAGGCCAGGGCCCUAUGGGAAAAGCUGUAUCCUGAGGAACUUUUUGAAGUAGACCUGACGGCCCCUGUUUACGACGCGCCAGAUUUCCAAUCAAGAAUUGUGUAUGACAUCGAGGCUGCUUGUGCUCGACAGAGGGUUUUUAAUUAUCAGUUGUCCCUACCUCAUUUCGCGGAUAGGAAAUUAUUGACCAAAGCAGUGGAGAGGUAUAAAUUUCAUCUUUAUCUCAAGCAGCAAAAUCCAGAAUUGUUUUUUGUACCGUGCUAUGACUUUGACCUUAUUUGGCACUCACAUCAACUUAAUCCGUCAAUCUAUACAAGAGACACUACAGAAAUCCUGGGUGAAGAAUACAAUCACAAUGACUCGGUGAACGACCGAAAGCCAGGCUCACAACUUAUCAAGGCUGAAACAGUAACACGAGAGAAAUGGAAAGAGCUGGGUCAUCAAUUUGCACUUAAUGGAGCCAUGUUUCGCGGAGAGCCUCCUCUUGGUACGCAGAAAGAAUCCAUUGAUUACAGUUUGCAUGCAACAUUUGAGUACACCGUAGACUUGACCACGUUGGAAGUUGAAGGUCUCCCAAAAUCGAAAACCUACACUGUCGAAAUUGAUCUUGUCAAUGGCUCGCAAGUGUUAAAGGAGCAAGUUCGUGGACCUGCUGCAAGAGUUACAAAAUCUUAUGGUGCGUUAUCAAGGUUUACAUAUAAAAAGAAGAGUAGCGGGAAUUUGAGGGUAAGCGUUCUUCGACGUGGAACUUCCUCUUGCUUUUCACAUUUACUAUACAAGUCUGUAGAGUAUUACUUAUCAGACGGAUAUCUGGCCCCGAGAGUCCCUUACAAGAGUAACGUGGUGCCUCAACCGAAAACGCACGAGUUAACCAUCGAUAAAAACCUGAUUGUUCGGUUUACUACAGUGGUACAUCCACUUCAGCUAGACGAAUACAUUUUCACAGUAAUACCAAAGAGGAAUAUCAGCCCAGUCCAAGAUGCUGCUUCCAUUUUGAGCUCACCAGCACUGUUCCUUUCGCCUUGUUCUUUGAACCAAACCCUGGCUUCUAGUGAAAUUUCAAUGCAUCCGCUACUGGACUGUUGGGGACGAAAAGCGUUUACCUGCCGAGUGAUGCACUCCGCUGAGUUGCUGUUCUCCUCCGUAGAGGUCAUGAACCACGUCGAUGAGGUUGUUAGCACCGCGCACCUUCUACGCAAAAAUGUCCCUCCGACGAAAAAGCAAGUCGACCAGCCCCAGUUUUGUUGCACUUUGGAUGUGGCGGGAGGGGAAAGAGCCAUGUUGAUUAGAGGGUGCAAAGACUGGGGCAUCUGCAUUGGCAAAUGGAAAGGAGUUGUGAAGGGUGUUCCUGGCGUACCUGGAAUAGGAGGGUCUGAAGGUAGUCCAGGUGUUAAAGGAACGCCUGGCGUGAAGGGCCAACCAGGUUAUUUGUGCAUCGAGUUCUUCUCAUUGUCCGGAGCACAAGAGUGGAAAAAAGUGAAUAAAAAUGAAGAAAACUUCAGGGUAAGUCUCAGCGAAAAAGAGAAAGUCUACGUUAACCUUCGCACUGGAGUGAUCUCUUUUACACAUGCAGUAAGUGCCGUACCAGAAAGCAUUGUACUGGGAUUCUCUAUAGCUGUCCUUCAUCUUCUGUGUCAGCCUAACACUUCGAAAAGAAUGAUCGACCACACAGAGCCAUCCGUUAUGGUGUCAAGCCAGAAAGACAAACCUCGUAGAAUCCGCUGUGAAGACCUAGCGCUGAUAGUCGCGGCAGGGUUCUAUGCAACCACUAUACCGAGCAACGCAUACAUUAAGCACGAACUUGGGGUUGCCUGUGGUGGCUGUGGUGGAUGCGGAGGUUGUGGAGGAUGUGGAGGUUGUGGUGGAUGUGGUAGCUGUGGUUGUGGUUGUGGUUGUGGUUGUGCUUAG